AUGGCGUCCAAAUCAAACGAAGACGUUCUUGAUUUGCUUGAUUCUCUUGAAAAAGAAACAAAAGCAGCCGUAAGCAACAACAAAAAAAAAGAGAAGAAUGCAAAUGCUGCUACUGAGACCGAGAAAGAGGAUGAUAUCAUGGGGUUUUUGGAUUCAUUGACCAAGAACCCUACGGCCUCAGGAAAGAACUCCCCAGCUUUGUCGAAUAUGAAAAAUAAGAAAGCCAGCAAUGUCGUUGAAAGUACGAAUGAAAAGGAGAAUGUUGAAGGCGUCGUCUCUACUGAAGGCAGCGUUGAGGGUAAUGCUACGAAAGCUGGUUCGGUAGAACCUACUUCUAGUACGGUGUCUGAUUCCACGGCAGACCCUAUCCCCGAUGCAAUUUCAUCUAUUACAAGCUGGUGGUCUAGAAAUAAAGGGGGUCUGUGGGAUACGGCCUCUUCUGCUGUAAAGCAAGCAGAAGCGAGGGUUAAAGAAUUCCAGCCUGAAGUCCAGCAACUGCAGCAAUCACAACAACGAGCAUUAGAGAGCCUUGGAGGUGGGAUUUCAAGACUUGGUCUUAGUAAAGGUUUAUUGCAAUCGACUCUCACAUCCGUCUUGGAAACAAUUGCACCACCCAUUUCUCGUCAUGAACAAUUAAAGAUCAAUAUUUUCCACGAUAUGGUGGGAUAUCCAGCUCUGGAUUCAAUUGUAUAUGGUGUGUUUGAAAGAGUUAUGCAGCAAGUAGAGGGCGGUGGUGAUUUGACUAUGAUUGUUCAAAAAGGCAAGGAAAGGCACAGGAGAGGAUCGGAUGCUCAACAGAGACGUGAAUUAGGUAUUUUCAAAGGACCUCUUGACCAGGCCAUUAAACUUGCUGCUGCCAAUAUAGAAGACUUUGUCCGCAAAUCGCAGGACAAAAGUAAGACUACUGAGAGCAAAUCCGCUAAAGAGACUCCAUCGUCAGACGACCGUUCGGAAAGUGACUCUCCUGUAGUUAGAGUUUCUGACGUUUUUCUUUCGAUCCAACCUGCCGUCAUCGGCGACGAAAGCGCUACCGCUAUUGCUGCUUCCGGCCAAUCUGACAAUCAUAUCAUUUCAUCUUCGUCAUCGUCUACCUUUGUUUUCGUAAUUUACCUUUACGACCCCAAUAAUGAUAUUAAAUUUUCAUCUGUGUCACAGCCAUUCCCUUAUCAAUGGGCCGAAUGGCUUGACAGCCCAGACAGUACAUUCCAGGCAUUUGAAGCUGACCCUCGUGAGUGGGUCAUUGAUUGGGUAGAAGAAGGACUUGGCCUGGCUGUCGGAAUCGCCGCUCAAAGUUAUGUUGCCAAACGCAUGGGAACUGAUAGUCUUUUCACAGUUACGAAAGCAGUUGAAGAAGAAAAGGAGAAGUCUUAG